GGGAGGGGUUAAUUACUAUUAUCUUUAAUUAAAUAAAUAUAUAAUUAUAGGAAUUGUAUAAUACUAUUUUUUGCAUAAAUACUUAUGUUAAUUAAGCGCACAAUUGCGUUCAAAGAUAAGAGCAAAGACAGCUUCUGGCUUGGGAAACAACCAGGAGGGAGCAGGAGAAGGCCGUUUUGAUUAGACUCGCUAACUCAAUUCUAGACUUAUUCUUAAGAGUCUGAUCAAAACCGCCGUACGCUUCAACGGUUUCAAAUCAGGAGCCGGGAUUUAACAGAGAGAUUGCGUUUACAUGGUGAGAAAGGAGGAGUUGGAGAAGAAGGGAAUGCGACUGGGGAAGUACGAGCUGGGAAGGACUCUUGGCGAGGGCAAUUUCGGAAAGGUUAAGUUGGCCAGGAACGUCGAGACCGGCCACUAUGUCGCCGUUAAGAUCAUCGAGAAGAACAAGGUUAUUGCUCUCAAGAUCACCGAUCAGAUAAAGAGGGAGAUUGCCACCUUGAAGCUCCUCAAACAUCCUAAUGUCGUCAGAUUACAUGAGGUGUUGGCAAGCAAAAACAAGAUUAAUAUGGUCUUAGAAUAUGUGACUGGCGGGGAAUUGUUCAAUAGAAUUGCAUCCAAGGGGAAACUUAAAGAAAUCGAAGGCAGGAAGCUGUUUCAACAAUUAAUUGAUGGAGUGAGUUACUGCCACACUAAAGGCGUUUUUCACAGAGAUCUAAAGCUAGAGAAUGUUCUAGUUGAUGCUAAAGGGAACAUAAAGAUAUCUGACUUUGGCCUCAGUGCCUUACCUCAGCAUCUUAGGCCUGAUGGGUUACUGCACACAACCUGUGGAAGUCCCAAUUAUGUUGCUCCUGAGAUUCUUGCUAACAGAGGGUAUGAUGGUGCCACCUCAGAUGUAUGGUCGUGUGGUGUUAUCUUGUAUGUAAUUCUCACAGGAUAUCUUCCUUUUGAUGAUAGAAAUCUUGCAGUUCUCUAUCAGAAGAUCUUCAGAGGGGAUGCUCAGAUACCAAAAUGGCUGUCACCGGGGGCCCAAAACAUGAUAAGGAGAAUUCUUGAUCCCAGUCCUGCUAGCCGGAUAACAAUGGCGGGUAUCAAAAUAGAUGAGUGGUUUAAGCAGGACUAUACUCCUGCAAAUCCCGACGAUGAAGAAGAAGAUAUAUACAUUGAUGAUGAAGCAUUCUCAAUACAUGCUGUGCCAUCUGAAGCAGAGAAGAGCCCUGGCUCACCCACUCUCAUUAAUGCAUUUCAGUUGAUUGGAAUGUCCUCCUGCUUAGACCUCUCUGGCUUCUUUGAGAAAGAGGAUGUCUCGGAGAGGAAGAUCAGAUUUACAUCCAAUCACUCUGCGAAGGAUUUGCUUGAGAGGAUUGAGGAUAUUGUAACAGAGAUGGGAUUUAGUGUUCUGAAGAAAAAUGGAAGGUUGAAAGUGAUGCAGGAGCACAAGGGGCACAAAAAUAUGGGUAGUCUUUCCGUUGCAGCAGAGGUGUUUGAGAUAAGUUCAUCCUUGUAUGUAGUUGAAUUAAGAAAAUCAUAUGGAGAUUCCGCAGUUUACAGACAGCUGUGUAAAAAGCUAUCAAAUGAUCUAGGAGUUGGCCCUAGCCAAGAGCUGUUGACAACAUAAGUGCGAGUGAUGGGUACUUGUUGGGUCAGACAUCGGAUAUUAGCCUCUUCUUGCAGAGAAAUGAACUUAGAACCCCAAGCAAUGUAGUUCAUGAGUAUCUUUAUCUCUGUUACAUCUCUGUACAGUUCAAAAUAGCCUCAUAUUUAUAUUCAAGUUGUAUAGAAUUGUUCAAGUUGUAUAGAAUUGCAGAACCAAUUAUGUUGCAGGACAUAAAAUCCUCUGUUUAUAAUAGCAAUUUUUUAUA